AUGUGGGACUACUACAAUGACAAGACCAUCUUCAUCACGGGCGGAACUGGUUUCCUGGGGACUGCGAUUGUAUAUCGCCUGCUCACGCAGGCAUCUGUGGGUCACGUAUAUAUGCUUUGCAGAGGAGAUAUAGGGAAACUUCGAUCAAAAUGGACAGAAUCGCUAUCAUCGGCAACAGUCGAAAAACUUCUUAGCACCAAUCGCAUCACGGUCAUGGAUGGUGACAUCCUCUCCCCCGACCUCGGGCUUUCCCAGGACGAAUUAAGCACACUUCGACAGGAGGUCAAUGUUAUCAUUCACUCGGCAUCCUCUAUAAAUCUUGCCAAGUCUCUCGACGGACUAUCAGAGGUGAUUACCACAGCCAGUGAAAGGAUGGCAGACAUCGCUCUGACCUGCCCGAAUUUGGAUCGUUUCGUUUAUGUCUCGACUGCAUAUUCCAACAGCUACCUACCUCCAACUGGCGAAGGCAUCGAAGUCGAGAUCAAGGAAGACAUCUAUGAUCCCAAUCAUCAUCCAAACGUCAUGAAAGAGUGGGCACAAGUGCAAGAGACUGGUUCUAGUGAUGCCUAUGAAGCCCAUGACUUCCCAUGGUCUUACGCAUACGCAAAGAACCUGACAGAGCGACUUCUUCUGCAUCGAUUCACUCAGAGAGGUGUCAAGGACAAAGUGCUUAUUGUGCGUCCUUCUAUCCUCGGACCGGCCCAGAGUUUUCCUAUUCCUGGUUACAACUUGCCUCUAUCAAGCCCAGUGACGAUCGUUGCUGCUGUGAUUGCACUGAUGCCCGGUGGCAUGGCCACUAUUGCAACGAAAGCAGCACAAAGUUCACAAAUAUCUGCUGACGAGGUUCCAGUCGACGUGGUUGUUGAUCGUUUGCUCGCCCAUUUGGCUAUGGGAACCAAGGGCUGUGUUCAUGCAGUUAGUGGGAAACGAGCACGGCAUCAAUUCAUAGAGUGGUGGAACUCGGCGGUUUCGCGACGUCGCAGGCCUGGGGAUAUUGAUUUGAAUUGGAAAGACCUGGACUGGAAGUCCCGUGAGCAGCAUCUCCUGGCUCAGUUCUAUGUACUCUUCGGCACUUCUUUCGAAUUUUAUGAAGACAAGACUGUGGCUCUUAGCUGGCACCCUUUGAUGGAAAGCUGUAAAGAGCUGCAAUUGUUCACAAACGACAAUUUUAGAGAACAGUUGCGAAGUCGAACGGAGGACGUCUACUCCGUGAUGAACCAUAUUGCUGAGAGUGAUGAGAGUACACGACGAAUCAUCAAGCUCUACUAUCAGGAUUUAAUGAAGGCUAAAAUCUAG